AUGGACGUGGACAACUUUGGAAGAUGGGAUGCAUCUGGCGAAAAUGGGACGGCCAACCUCACCGCUUCAGCCAAUACCCAGAUAAAAGUAUCAAACACCUCGUUCCAGAUGGAGGAAAUACAUUCAACUGAGGUGACACGUUUGGAGAACCGUUACUUCAUUCAAGAACAAACCUACCGAGACUUCACCACUACCGUACAGAUUCUUAUCCUUAUCGGGUCUCUACUGGGCCACGCUGCAGUGCUGUGGUGCACCUGCUACACCAACGUCUUCAAGUCCGUCACCGGGCGCUUCAUCAAGAACCUGGCGUGCGCGGGCAUCUGCGCCACUCUGGUGUGCGUGCCCUUUGACCUGGUGCUGGGCAGCAGCCCGCUCUGCUGCUGGUGGCUCCGCGUGCUCUUCUUCUGCAAGGCCGUCCGCUUCCUGCAGCGCCUCUUCUGCUCCGUCACCGUGCUCAGCUUCACCGCCAUCGCGCUGGACAGAUACUACUCUGUGUUGUACCCUUUGGAGCGGAAGAUAUCUGAUGCCAAGUCCAGAGAUCUGGUCAUCUACAUCUGGGUGCACGCCGUGGUGGCGAGCGUGCCCGUGCUGGUCGUCACCGACGUCACCGACAUCUACGCCACGUCGUCGUGCCUGGCCGGGCCGAGCCACUCGCUGGGCCACCUGGUGUACGUGGUGGCGUACAACGUGACCACGGUGAUCGCGCCGCUGGCGGCCGUCUUCCUGGCCAUGGUGCUGAUCCGCCGGGCGCUGAGCGCCAGCCAGAAGAAGAAGGUGAUCAUCGCGGCGCUGCGCACGCCGCAGAACUGCAUCGCCAUCCCGUACGUGUCGCAGCGCGAGGCCGAGCUCCACGCCACGCUGCUGGCCGCCGUGCUGGCCUUCACGCUCUCCGCCGUGCCCUACGCCGCGCUGGUGGGCUACCAGGUGCUGGUGCUGGGCGCCCAGGCGGCGGCGGCGGCAGGCGCGGGCGCGAGCGAGGGUGGCGUCGGUGGCGCCGGUGGCCCGGCGGUGCCCGCGGCUCUGUGGCUCACGGCCGCCUGGGUGCCCAAGCUGUCGCUGCUGACCAACCCGCUGCUCCUGCUCACCGUCAACCGCUCGGCGCGACACUGCCUGGCCGACCUGCUGGCCCGGGCACACCGCCGCUGCAGCCGGCGCAACGCCGUGAGCACCGCCGGACUCGGGGAGGCGGGCGGCGCGGGCGGCGGCGGAGGGGGCGGAGGUGGCGCGGGGCUGGGCGGCGAGGCGGCCGCUCGCUCGGGCAGCCAGCUGCUGGAGAUGUUCAACAUCGGCCAGCAGCAGAUCUUCAGGCCCAGCGAGGAGGAAGAGGAGGACGAGGAGGAGGAAGAGGAGGACGAGGAAGACGCCAGGCGCGAGAUCCCGUCUGUCGGCUCGGGAGGGUUCCAGCACCGAUUCGAUGAGACGGCGGCGGCGGCAGCGGCGAUGCACCAGCACCACCAGCUCCACGCCGCCGCAGGGGCGCGAGAGGCCGGCCUGCCCCUGCCCAAGUCCUCCCCCGUCCAGCACUCGUGCGCCUACUCCUCCUCCCAGGUGGCCCCCGCCACCCCCACCGACCCGGAGGAGGCCACCCAGUUCGGGUUCGGGCCGUUCGAGCUGCCGCCGCAGUGGCUGCCUGAGACGCGGAACAGCAAGCGCCGGCUCCUGCCCCCGCUGGGGAACACGCCGGAAGAACUCAUCCAGACCAAGCAGCCGCGCGCGCGACCGGAGCGCCGCAUCAGCCGCAACAACAAAGUCAGCACUUUCCCCGUCGUGGACCCCUGA